AUGCACCCCUCAUUACAUAUUCUAAGCAGGUCGGCUUGGAAAGGACCACACAUAGUGCCAUUACCAAUAGCGAAAGCCAUCAAGAACAAAUCAAGCAUAAGAACAAAAGCUCGCAAUUGUACAAUAAUACCACAAUUUGUUGGACUUAAAUUUGAAGUGCACAACGGAAAAGAUUAUGUCGAAGUUGAAGUCACUGACGACAUGGUAGGCUCCAAGUUGGGUGAAUUUGCACCAACGAGAAAGAGAUUUAUGUACAAAUACUCCAAGAAUUAG